GUAGUCAGUUUGUGACAAUUAAGAGUUCACUUCCGGGUCACGCACCUGACUGGUAGUCAACAAAACCAGGUCAAUCACUUGCAAGAUCUUCUUGAAUUUUAGUUAUUAACUUAAUUAGUUUUUUGCACCAAAUGUUUAUGACACCUGCAAUGAUUUAGCAGAUUUCGACACUGAAUUUUGGAAUCGAAGACGAGCAUGUCUAUAAACAGGGUACGUGUGCGCAGUGAUGACAUGGUGAAUGUUGGACCUGGUCGUGAUGAUGCAGCGAAAUAUGUGGGACAAGUUUUGUAUCAGGGUGGACAUCUACCGGUAGAAAAUGUAAACAAUAGCAGUGCACUAAACAAUGGCAAUAUGGAAAAUGAAGAUCUUUGGACCCCAAAUUCCGGGAAAAUAUCAGCAGUUCGACGGACAUUUCUUCUAUUAACAGUUUUUGAUGUUGGUCUCAGUUUUAUACUCUGGGUUAUAUAUACACAGUUAUUAGGCAAUGGAACUGGUUGGGAUAGUUUUAGUCGACAAGUUGUUAAUUAUACAUUUAAAGAGUCUCUUUUUGAUACUGUUAUGUUAUCAUUCAUACGUUUUACCUUGCUCAAUUUAGCUUAUGCGUUAUUUCGUCUACGACACUGGUGGACAGUAGCGUUGACUACAUUAAUGACCAGUGUAUUUUUGAUAGUAAAAAUAUUUUUAUUUGAAUUUACCUCAUAUGCAAGUUCUAAAAAUCCGCUAAGUUACUGUCUGUUGAUUAUAUCGUUUGUUCUGGCGUGGGUGGAGACAUGGUUUCUGGAUUUUAAAGUUUUACCUCAAGAAAAAAAAGAUCUAGAGAGGCGGCGUGCAUAUAGAGGAAUAGUAUCUAAUGAUGAACGAGCUCCGUUGCUAGGUAAUAAUAGAUUGGGUCGGCAGACACCUGGUGGUGAAGAAUAUUAUUCACCUUUAGAAAGUGCUGAAGGUUCUGGUGAUGAAGACACUAUAAGUAAUAGAGACAGGUUUUAUAGUGAUGCAUCUAGAAGUACCAGUAGACCACAUAGUACUACAAGUUUAGAUAAGAUCCCUGAUUAUGUGGCGUUAGGAGAAAAAGGUUGGAAUAUUUUAUGGAGUAUGGUGUCAUCUGAGGAUGAUGAAUGGACAUUAGAUGCUGGUCGUGAUAUGAUUGAAGGCUGUAUUUAUCAAAAAAAUGUUGAGGGAAUAGGAAAAUUAUUUAAAUUACAAGUAUAUUUAGAUAUAGAUCCUGAAGAUUUAUGGAAUGAUUUAGUACAUAAUUGUAUUGCGACUCCAGAAUGGAAUCCAACAGUACUAGAAAUAAAGGUUUUAUGUGUAAUAGAUGAUGAAACUGAUAUAUGCUAUAGUGUUGCUGCUGAAGGUGGUGGUGGAUUAGUUUCCAGUCGUGAUUUCGUCACAAUCCGUCGAUAUGGUUGUAAGGAAGGGAUAUGGAUGUCAGCCGGGUUCCCUACCACACAUCCUGAUAUGCCUCCACAGAAAAAAUAUGUUAGAGGUGAGAAUUUACCUGGAGGUUGGGUGUUCAAGCCUACUAAUAAACCAGAUCAGUGUUUAUUUGUUUGGUUUGUUAAUACAAAUUUAAAGGGCUGGUUACCGCAGAAGCUAGUCGAUCAAACUUUAUCGGGCGUUUUGUUAGAAUAUGUCACAUACCUUAAACGGCGGGUCAAAACACUUAAACAGGAACGAGUUUGAAUUCAUUACUUUCAUCUAUUUCAAUUUGUCGGAUGCAUCGCAAUUCCUCAAGAACAAAAGACUAAGGGGAGCAAACUCUUAUACAGUGCUGGCUUCUGUGUUGUUGAAGAUUUCAAAUAUUUUUGUUCAUGUUGAACACAGUUAAUUAUGACAUUACGUACCCCAUUGUGUGCUUUAAUUUUUGUCCAGACUUUAUUUAUGAUGUGUUAAAGAGAGGGAAAUGGGGUUAACGUCCACUUGGCACUAACUAGGUCAUUUCGUCACAAACAUAUGGUUCAAUUUUUAUUUCAAUAAGACUGGAGAACCAUGAGCUUGGGCAGAUGACCCUACUCCUUGUCAUGUACAAGCAGGGAAUCGAAACCACACCACUUGACUCAAUUACAGACCUCAUGAUCCAAAGUGCACCCAACCCCCCAUGUGUAAAAGAAAUUCGUUGUGAUUUACGAAAUGCAGCUUUCUCUUUUAUGGCAAAAUAUCUUGAAAAGUAAUUAUUUAAAAAAACAAAUACAAGCGUACUAUAUGGGGCCCAGGAAACGAACUUGAUGUCAUCGCAGCCAUCUUGGACUAUUAAAAAUCAAAGUUUGUCAAUCAGUGUGCAAUUUGUCCAAUGAACAAGCAUGCUCAGUUUCAUGUCAUAAUGUCAAUCAUACUGUAAUGGACGAGCCUUAGGAUUUUUUCGAAGAGGGUCACUCUCAAGAAGAAAACCCAAGUUGAGUUGCACUUGGAGCUCAGGUUGAACAACUGUUAAUUAUGACAUUACAGACCCCAGUGUGUGCUUGGAUUUUUGUCAGACUUUAUUUGUUGUGAUUUUCAAAAUGCAGCUUUCUCUUUUAUGGUAAAAUAUCUUGAAUAAAAUAAAAUUAUGGACAUACUAUGUGGACCAGGAAACUAGCAUGCCCAGUUUCAUGUUUAUCGAAGAGAGUCGCCCUCAAAGAACAAGAAGAACAUGAGUAGUGCUUGGGGCUGAGUCCCUGGUCAACAACAUUGUGUAACACAUUCAUCAUGAGUAGAACUGCUUGGGGCGGAGUCCCUGGUCCAAAAACAACAUUGUGUAAUACAUUGAUCAUGAGAAAAGAGUAAUUCACAUUAUUAAAGAUGUGUUUGUCUGUGGAUUAUUGUAACAUUAGUUGUAGAUAAUUGUUUGUGAUGAAAAAAAAAAUGAAAGUAGUAGUGAGUUAUAGAGAAUUUGGAAUAUAGUUAACCCGACGAACACAUUUAUCAUCCUCGAGAUUGUGCCUAGAUUUUAUAACAACAUCCUUUUGGGAUCAGUUUAUUGGCAGCACAAGGACCAGAGGGUUAAUCCUAUGGACCAUGAAGAUCCUUAGACAUUGUGCCUAGAUUUUAUGACAAAAUCUUUUUGGGAUGAGUAAAUGUCUGAUGGAUGUCAAGAUGAUGAUAAUAAUAUAUCCACAAAAUGUGCUCGUGGUUCAUCAGACACUACAUGUUGUGUCUAAUGAUAAUAUAAUUGAAAUAUGCCUAGAUUUCAUAACAAUGUUUUGGAAUUAGUAUCAGCAGAAGGACGAGAGAGUUGAUGGAUGUAUACAGGUCACAAUUCUAUAGAAUACAAUUACUGCUUAUAACUGAGCGACGU